AUGCCGGCAGUAAAAUAUUAUAUAGCAUGUAUACUUGUCCCCCAAAUUGCUCGAAAAUUGGAUGUUAUUGAUAGUACUCAAUUGGUUUAUCGACAUAUUCGUUCAUUUGAAGUGAACUACCGCAAGCUAAUUGAAUCAACGACGAGAGCUGAGCAAUCAGACGAAACGGCCAAUCGUCGAUUGCCUAUAGGCGUUUCCAGCCAUCUGUGCUCGAUUUUAAGUGAUUUCGAGUUGAUUAUAGAGCAAAGAAAAUGA